AUGUCUACAUUAUCUCAUUUUCCCCGUCUUACUGACGCAGACUUCGACCAAGCAUGCUACGCCUUGUCACACGCCUUUGAGCAGCAGCCUGACUCUUCUCGAGCAUGGCAUUCGGUCCGUGUCAUAGACUCGGCCGCCACCACUCUUGUCCGCAUCACCAAAGCACUCUCAACCACGCCAGACGUCCCCGCCAGCACCAACAUGGAGAUGGCAAAGCAAGACAAUGAUGAUGAUGAUGAUGAUGAUGAUGAAAUGGAAGAAAUUUUCCAAGACGAUCCGGAAGCCCUUUCCUCGACUUCAGCACCAUGCAGCCCCACGGUCGACUAUGACGUGCUUCUCUCCCCAACCUACCGUGUCCCCGUCCUCUACAUCAGCAUCCAUGAUGCCUUACAUCGUUAUCCCCCAACACUUGAUACACUGUACCGCCAUGUCGUUCCAGAAGGCCUCUGGUCGCAGACGCAGGAAGUUGGCAUAAUUGGCGGCAUCACGAUUACGGUGAGACUAAUGGACCAGCAAUAA